AGACACAACAACGGAUAUAACAAGCAACAUUAUUAACCAGCUCUGUUCACAACUGUAACAGCAGCAACAACAAGGUCGCUGCCACGCCCAAAACGCCCUCGACACCAGCGCGCAGAGGGAAAUGAGAUGAAGUGGUUUCAAGUGACCAUAGAUAUGAUUCUUGUGCUUUCAUUUAUAUCAAGCAGCACAGCGAAUCCGGAUGCGAAGCGACUCUACGACGAUCUGCUCAGCAACUACAACAAACUAGUGCGUCCCGUGGUCAAUGUCACGGAUGCGCUCACGGUGCGCAUCAAACUGAAGCUAUCGCAACUGAUUGAUGUCAAUCUGAAGAACCAAAUUAUGACCACCAAUCUAUGGGUGGAGCAAUCCUGGUACGACUACAAACUCAAAUGGGAGCCCAAGGAAUAUGGCGGUGUCGAAAUGUUGCACGUGCCCUCCGAUCACAUUUGGCGCCCGGACAUAGUCCUCUACAACAACGCUGAUGGCAACUUUGAGGUGACGCUGGCCACAAAGGCAACACUGAACUACACAGGACGCGUGGAAUGGCGGCCGCCGGCCAUUUAUAAAAGCUCCUGCGAAAUCGAUGUCGAAUACUUUCCCUUUGACGAGCAGACAUGCGUCAUGAAGUUCGGCAGCUGGACAUACGACGGAUUCCAGGUGGAUCUGCGUCACAUCGAUGAACUGAACGGCACCAAUGUGGUUGAAGUGGGCGUGGAUCUGUCUGAGUUCUACACGUCCGUUGAAUGGGAUAUACUUGAAGUUCCUGCAGUGCGAAAUGAAAAAUUCUAUACGUGCUGCGAUGAGCCAUAUCUGGAUAUAACAUUUAACAUCACAAUGAGACGAAAGACGCUCUUCUACACGGUCAACCUGAUCAUACCCUGUAUGGGCAUCAGUUUUUUAACAAUUUUGGUAUUUUACCUGCCAUCGGAUAGCGGCGAAAAGGUCUCAUUAAGCAUAUCCAUUCUGCUGUCGCUCACUGUGUUCUUCCUGCUGCUGGCGGAAAUCAUUCCGCCCACGUCGCUGGUGGUGCCGCUGCUCGGCAAAUUUGUGCUCUUCACAAUGAUACUGGAUACGUUUAGCAUCUGUGUAACAGUGUUGGUGCUCAACAUUCACUUCCGGUCACCGCAGACCCACACGAUGGCGCCCUGGGUGCGCACGGUGUUCAUCAAUCAGCUGCCGCGCUUCUUAGUGAUGCGUCGCCCGCUCUAUCCGAUCAGCGAAAUGAUCAAGUCGUCGCGUCGCCUCAUGGUGCGCACCUGCAAUGGACUUGAGCUGAGGGAUCAAAUACCACCGCUGCCACCGCCUGUGGCUCUGUCCCGCAUGCAUCACAGCCCGAAGACAACGUCGCGCAGCACCUCGCCGCACCUGCAGCAUCGCGUGCAGGCCAUGAGCUUGAUGGACGAGCUGGGCGCUGUGGGUGGCUGCGGCGGCGCAUCGACGAUCACUGGGCACCUAAGCUCGCUGUAUCCGCCGACCAUCUCGACAGUUAACCAGCAGACCUCGACCACAUCCUCCCUUAUCGAUGCCCAGUACCACAAUCAGUAUCAGCAGACGGGCGGCUCCCUGCUGGAUCAUCCGCUGACGCCGACCAAGUUCCGUCAGAUGACCUCCACCUCUAGCCAGACGGGCCAAAAUGGAACGGGUCAUCACCAUUAUAAUGUCGGCGGUGGAUGCGGUGUUGGUAUAGGUGGUGGCGGUGGCGGUGGCGGUGGUGCUGGUGGUAGCUAUCAUUUGUAUCGACAGCAGUCUAGCUGCUCGGCAAACUUUUCGCCAUUGCCAUUGCAUGCGCAUCAGGUGCAUGCCUCGACGACCACCUGUGACCUGGGCCUGGGCGGUAACCACAAUCCCAAUGUGAUAAAGUCCACGACGACGGUCAACUCGGUGGCCACUGCCUCAACGCUGGCCGACUCCUGCUGCAGCGGCACCAUACAGAUCCAUCAGGGCAUGGGCGCCGGCGCCGCCUGCCAAUCCUCGGAGCUGCUGCAUAUGCAUCGACCCACCACAUCUGCCGCCGCCGCGGCAGCAGCAUCGGCAUCAGCAUCGGCAUCGGCAUCGGCAACGGCAUCUGGCGCCAGCACAUCGGCGGCUGCUGCGGCAGCUGCCGCGGCGGCUGCGUCAGCGGCGGGUGGAAUCACGCCGCCCCCACCACCACCGCCGGCCUGUGAUAUACUGCCCGCCUGUCAGCGCGAAGGUGGCCCACAUUGCUGUUCGGGGCGUGGCAAUGUACGCCAGCGCUGGCACACCUGCCCGGAGCUGCACAAAGCCAUGGACGGCGUCACGUACAUCGCGGAUCAGACGCGCAAAGAGGAGGAGAGCACACGGGUCAAAGAGGACUGGAAAUAUGUCGCCAUGGUAUUGGAUCGCCUCUUCCUUUGGAUAUUCACAAUAGCCGUGGUCGUGGGCACGGCUGGCAUUAUCCUGCAGGCGCCCACACUCUAUGACACUCGCGUGCCCAUUGACAUCAAGCUGUCGGAGAUUGCCUCCACGACGGCCAAGCCAAAUGUGGUGAGGCCUGUGUUGUAAGUCCCUCAAGGACUGAAGCACGCACAAACACAGUUACACACACACACACGCACAUACAUAUUCACACACACGCACUCACAUAUACAUACUCGUGCCCACAUACGGACAGUCUGAAAAACAAAAACAAGAUGAGAGUUUCGCAUUUGUU